UAACCACACAUCUCUCACACACGGUACAAAUCCCUCACAAUGCCCACCCUCACCACUCAGCUCACCAUCCCAAUCCACACCCCAUAACCCAACCGCCCCACCACCACCAUGUGCACCCCCACCCCCACCCCCUCCCCCGCGCGCCAAACCGCCAACAAACUCGCCGCCGCCUACAACACAAUGGACAUCCCCACCAUAAUGUCCCUACGCACACCAACAUGCCUCCGCACCAUCCUCCCCGCGAGCCUGAACAUGCCCCCACAAACCCCCGCCGCCUUCGCCGCCAGCCUCACCGCGCUCGCCACGGUCUUCACGUCCUUCCGGCUCGACGUCGACGACGUGGUCGAGGGCGUGGGCGCCGACGGCGCGGUGAGGAUCGUCAUGUAUGUGUCUGCGGCGGGCGAGACGCGGGUGGGGCCGUACCGGAAUCAGUAUGUGUGGAGCAUGGGGUUUGAGGAGGGCGGGGAGCGGGUGAGCGAGUGGAGUGAGUUUGUGGAUGUGGGGGUUGCGAGGGACUUUGGGCCGGUUUUGAGGGGGGAGCUGGAGAGGUUGGCGCGGGAAGGGGCGAAGGGGAAGGAGGAGGGUGUGUAGGCGGUGUGGAUGGGCAGGUGGAGAGCGUGAAGGAGAGUAAUAUCGUGGAAUCAAUGGAUUGUGGUACCCAGGCUUGGAAGUGUUGUAGCUGCCAGCUCAACCAACCAGCUCAAUCCACAAGCUCAAUCCACCAGCUCAAUCAAUCAGCUCAAAUUCACCAGCUCAGAUCCACCAACUCAAAUCCGUUGCCCUGCUCCGCACCAACUCAGUCUGUCCUCCAAGCACCGCCGCUCGUCCCUCUUCACUUGUCACUCGGACCAUCCUUCUUGCUCCUGUCCGUCUGUUUAACAGAACUCAACAAGCCAACACUCAUCCGCUUGGCC